GAGGAAACACAGCAGUACUGGAACAGCUGUGAAUCUUCUGUACGGAGCUCUGAGUGUCAGAUCUGUCAAAACACGUAGUAGCAUUUGCUGAAGUUUUCCGGAUUGUUUAUUAGAGAGUAUAAACAGGGUCCUUGUGUGCAGUAUUAUAGAGGACAAUCAUGUCCUCAGAUCUGCUGGUGGAUCUGCAUGAUGAACUGGGUGGAGACGAUUCCCCCAGCGCAGCGCUCGACCAGCUUAAGCUAGUCACUGAUAAGCAGUGGUCACAGGACAACCCUGUUACCAUUAGCAAGUCUGCUACAGACAUUAAGAGUCUAAGUGCAGGCACCCAUCUGGCGUGGGAUGACCCGUUCUACGACAUCGCAAGACAUCAAAUAGUGGAGGUGGCAGGUGAUGAUAAUUUUGGCCGAAAAGUGAUCAUUUUCAGCGCGUGCCGCAUGCCACCCAGCCACCAGCUAGACCACCACAAGUUGCUGCUGUAUCUAAAACAAACCCUGGAUACGUAUGUUGAGAGUGAUUACACCCUGAUUUACUUCCACCAUGGCAUGACCAGUGAAAACAAGCUGUCCCUCAGCUGGCUACGGGAUGCCUACCGUGAGUUCGAAAGAAAGUAUAAGAAGAACAUCAAGGCAUUUUACAUUGUCCAUCCCACAUUGUUGAUCAGAACCGUCCUCAUCUUCUUCAAGCCGUUUAUCAGUUUUAAAUUCGGGCGUAAAUUACACUACGUGAACUACCUAAGCGAACUGGAGGAGAUAGUGAAGUGUGACCAGUUAGUCAUCCCCAGCCGAGUCAGAGCGUAUGAUGAUAAAAUCCUUCAAAAUUUAAAGCCAUCUGUGGUGCCUGGUCCGAUAUCACCUUCCCACAGCCCUCCUCUCCCUUUUCAGCAGUUUGGGGUGCCACUCUCUGUUCUGAGAGAUAGAGGUGCAGAUGCUGACGGCAUUCCGCUAGUGAUGCAAGACACCAUAAACUUCCUGAAGGAACACGGCCUGCAGACAGAGGGAAUAUUCCGGCGCUCUGCUAACGUCGGUCAGGUGAAGGACAUCCAGAUCAAAUACAACUCCGGUGAGCCGGUGAAUUUCUUUGAGAUCGGUGACGUGCACUUGGCUGCGGUAAUCUUAAAGAAAUUCCUCAGAGAGCUGCCCGAACCGUUGCUUACAUUCAAGCUCUACAAUGAUGUUGUCAACUUUCAAAGUGGAGAUGGCACAUCUUCAGCUGUUACAAUCCGAAACAUGCUGAUGUCACUUCCUUCACAAAACUACGCUGCGCUUCGUUUCCUCAUCCAGUUUCUGGCUCAGGUGUCCGCUGAGAGUGAGAUAAACAAGAUGACAAACCCAAACCUGGCGGUAGUGUUCGGCCCUAACCUCCUGUGGGCGCAGGACGCUGCCAUGACGCUCAGUUCCAUCGGACCGAUCAACAACUUCACCCGAGUCCUGCUCGACCUGAAUGGCGAAAUGUUUCCCCAGUGAGAUUCCGAGGCCAGACAGCGGACUUCCAACGUGCAUUUGAUUGACCUUUUCUCUCUCCGUUAGUGUUGCCAAAUUCCUAAGUGUUGUAAAUAAACGAGUUUUUGGUGGAUAAUGGGCGAGAACAAGAGCGAUAUAUUACAUACAAUUCAGACAAUCAGUGAUUUCUGCUCAUCUUGUUUGAGAUCAUGUAGCUGUUAUUAUAAAGGUACUGGUAACACAGGUGAAUUUACAUAGUUUCUUAGCUUUCAGCCCCAAAUUAAUUUCAUAUGCAUGUGCAUAGCUUAUCUUUUUUAAAAGUUCUGUUGUUUGUUUAAAUGAUUUUGACUUUUUUGAAUGGACAUAAGCUUUAUAGUACAGGACAAACAUCCUCUCCUGUACGAUAUAGUCACGUCUAUAAACCUACAGUAUAUAUAGGUAUAAAGCACUACACAAACUUGAAAUACUUAUUUUAAACCCAAUGCUCUUUAAGGCCUUACUAUAUCGUUUGCUUAAUUUGUAUGAUUUUUUUUUCUACUUUAUUAUUGUCAUAUUAUGUUUAUUUGUUAUGCUGUAAAUAGUUGUGGUCUGAAUAAUGGAAGAGGGGUCUCCUGAUUGUUUAAAUACUAAAUUUUCACAUCUUAUAAAUCCUGAUUCGGAAUUAGGGCUUGAUUUUGAAUCAUUGUUACGUUUAUACAUUUCAACCCCGAGCACGAGCAGCAGUGUUUGACAGACAGACAGUUAUGACGUUCUUCUAGAUGGACCUUAUGUGUUGAUCUUAAAAAUGUUGAUAGAUUGGAGUGCUUGUAUUGAUUCUAAGGAGCUGAGCACUUCUAAUUCUGCUGGCAGAAUGGGCAUAGAAUUUAGAUGGUCUGUAAAUAUAGUAUGAUGGUACUUAUAUAUAGUCCUUGCUUUCCUGACAGCAAAAAGGCAAGUAAGUAAGGUUCAUUUCAGUUCAGUCGAUUAUAUUUAGUUUAAGUCCUUACAGUUCUUCCCAAAGAAAUGGUUUAAAGAUUCUAGUAUAGACCAAUUUUCAGACCUGUUAGAAAAUGCAAGUGGUUAGUCCAGAUCUUUGAAGGCACUGUCCACUUAUUGGCCCUACAUAUUUGAUUUCCUUAUUCCCCCUUUUGUGUUAUCAUUACAUAAAGCUGAAGAGUCUGGUGCUCAGAGGGGCAGGACAUAUUGGCAGCUUUAACAGUUGGCAUUUUUACAUAUAAACAGAGUACCGGUUCUGCAUGGUUGUUUAAGGAACCGCACUAAAACUAAUCUAAAUUUGAGGUCAUGAUAGAGCGAAGCAUCAUCAUACAUCAUGCCUCUAUAUUUAAAUGUUAAAUGUACAUGUAGCUCAGCUUCCACAAUUUUAUUGUGUAGUCCAGGGUUUUUCAUAUUGUAAUAAUUAAAAUAAACUUGUACGCUUAUGUUACAUCUAGUAAACCACAGUGGGACCAGAUUGCUCAGAGCAGAUCAGAGAGAGUAAGAUGCAUUGUUUGUGUUGCCUGGGUCACGUUAGAAAAAAAAAAAAAAAGUUAACAAAAACCCUGGUGUAGUGACU